CAAAUGGACAAGGAACCCCAAAUUCAACAUUCAAGGGUGAAAUUAGGCAGUCAAGGAUUGGAGGUUUCAAGAUUAGGAUUUGGGUGCGUGGGACUUUCAGGAGUAUACAAUGCUCCUUUAUCCCAUGAAGAAGGAUGUUCAAUCAUAAAAGAAGCUUUCAGUAGGGGAAUUACAUUCUUUGAUACUGCUGACAUUUAUGGGGAAAAACAUGAUAAUGAGAUCAUGCUUGGCAAGGCAUUGAAGCAGCUUCCUCGAGAAAAAAUUCAAGUAGCUACCAAAUUUGGAUUUGUGAAACUGGAAUCAAAGGGGCGUCCUUUGAUUGAGGUGAAGGGUAGCCCUCAACAUGUUCGAGCUUGCUGUGAAGCUAGUCUUGAGAGGCUUGAUGUGGACUACAUUGAUCUUUACUUUCAACAUCGCGUGGAUACUUCAGUGCCAAUUGAAGAUACUAUGGGAGAGCUGAAGAAGCUGGUGGAAGAAGGAAAGAUUAAAUACAUUGGACUAUCAGAACCAAGCAUUGAUACAAUAAAGAGAGCACAUAAAGUCCAUCCCAUCACUGCCUUACAGAUGGAAUAUUCACUCUGGACUCGUGAAAUCGAAGAUGAAAUAAUUCCACUUUGCCGAGAGCUUGGAAUUGGGAUAGUGGCAUAUAGUCCCCUUGGUAGGGGCUUUUUUGGAGGAAGGGGGGUUGAGGAAACUAUGCCUCAUGGGAGCCAAUUGGCAAACUAUCCAAGGUUCAAUGGAGAGAAUCUAGAGAAGAACAAACUAUUAUAUACUCGAGUUUCCAACUUGGCUAUAAAGCAUGGUAGCACAGUUCCUCAACUUGCUUUGGCAUGGCUUCUACAUCAAGGACACGAUAUUGUCCCUAUCCCUGGGACAACUAAAGUAAAGAACAUGAUCAAUAAUGUUGGAUCCUUGGGAUUGAAGCUAAGUGAAGAGGAUGUGAAGGAAAUUUGUGAUGCUGUGCCUGUUGAUGAAGUGAGUGGCAGAAGAGAAAUGAGGCUAUUAUCUGAAUAUACCUGGAAGUUGGCUAAUACCCCAUUAAAGUAA